GCUGCCGCCGCCUCCCUUCCCUCACUUCCAGAGGUUCAAAGUCCGCCCGAGCCCUCCCGUCCAGCUCCUUUUACCCCAUCGAUUCCCCGUCCUCCCUGACCUUCUUCCCCUUACUUUCCCUCCUUUCAUCACUUCCCCGACCGGACUUGAGGAACAACGCACUCCCUCGCACCGAGCUUCGUCUCUCAAUUCUGAAAGCGCACCUUUUUUGUGCUGCACCGGGCUGUCGGUUUUCGUCCCAUCGGCGCCCCUCCGGAGCUCACUCUUUCCUCCGAUCGCAUCGGUCUGGUUCCGUCAUCUUCUCAAUCUUCCAUCAUCGCUCGCGUUCUGUCAACAACUUGUCACUGGUCUGCGCACCCUUGUAAGGUGCGACGCGAUUGUCCGCAAUGGCGUCGGUCCCCCGAUCGACAGCCCUCCGAGCUGGAGGCGCCUGUGUCCGCUGUCGCAAGGGUAAGACGAAAUGCGUCUAUGAUACCGGCAAGCCCCCUUGCAAGAACUGCAUAAAGGGCAUGCACAAUUGCUACCUCCCUCAUGAGUCUCCGACGCACGGUAGCCAUGGAGUAUCGCCAGCUCGAGCCCAGCAGCGAGCGCGCGAAUCUUUGCCCAGCGAGCGGGCUGUCCCGAACACGUCGGGCGACCGUCAGGCGCCUCCCGCUUCAGGCGUGUCGCGUCAUGUCCCAACAGUCACUGAGAAACUCACGCCCGAGUUGAUGCAAGAAUGCGAGCGUGUGAUUUCAAAGACACUUCCGGCAUGUGUGGCCUUCCACAAGCCGUCUUUUCUUCAGCAGCUGAAGAACACCUCCAUGGACCCCACCAUGAUCCAUGCCCUGCUUGCUACAGCCGCCCGGCACUCGCCGGCCAUGAUUCGCCGAUAUGGCGGCCACGGUGGUGGUUCCGCCGCUGCCGAACACUUUGCCAGCAAGGCCAUUCACCUCAUUGGCCAGGCUCUGGACCAGCCUAGCCUUGCCGAUAUCCAGGCACUGUGCCUGCUUGUUGUUCAUGAAUGGGGCUGCCGCAAUGCGGUGCGCGCCUAUAUCUAUCUCGGCCAGGCUGCGCGAAUGGCUCAGAUGUACCGUAUUGUCCACUCCCACCACCUCCACGCCGAUCCAGACCAGUUCCUUCAGGACGAAUCAUUCCGACGCACCUUAUGGUUGAUUUACAUCCUGGAUUGCUUUCUCACUAGCAGCCCCGGCCGCCACCCCGCUCUCUCGUCGCACGACGUUCACGAUGUAUCACUGCCGUGUACGCUGAUGAAUUACCACUUCGGCAGCCCGGUCUAUGUCCGUACCUUGAGCGGCGCCCCUCCCUCGACCAUGCCUGACCCUGCCAGUCCUCUUGGCGAGGUCGGCGAGUUCGGGCACAUCGUCCUGGCAACGAAGGCUUGGCGCAACGUGGUUGAGAUGAUGACGACCACCACCCUCGAAACCUUCUCCGAGGAACAAUGUCUGGCGCUUGAGCAAGAGAUUGAUGCCAUCAGGCAGUCCCUGCCGCUGCACUUUGCCGACAAGCCCGGCCAGAUCAACCUCCAUAUCACGAUGGGCAGCGGAUACACGUACGCGAUGAUCCAUUCGCUCCUCAACUGUGGCACUAUCUUUGUGAACCGCCGCCGCAUCCUUCAGGUUGUCACCGACGAGAACUUUUCGCUCGAGGCCUGGCGCAGCUCCUCGUACCCUCUCAUGCUGCAGGCUGUCGACCAUAUCUUUGCGGCGUCGCACAGCAUCAUCCACUCCCUUCUGUCCCUCGAGCACGGAGCAGACAAGGAUAGCAUCCUUUGCUUCCCAAUUUUCAUGUUGUUCUCGGCCUUCACGGCUGGAUCUACGGUUGCGUAUCUUACGCUCAAGGGACUGGCUCCGCCUGACGUGAUCGAGUCGGCUUCGAGCAUUGUGCGCGACAGCCUGAGGCUCUGUCAGGAUGGUUCUGAGUCGUGGCCGUUGGUGGUCCCUUGGCAGCGUCACCUUUCCGUCAUGUCCAAGGUCCUGCGCCAGGUUAACAGCGCUCCGCGGGACAUCCGUGACACGCGUGAAGACAGCAAGUCAAACCAACAUGUUUCGCCCUCGAUCAAGGACGACACUCCCAGCCAGGCUGACACGAAUCCUGAUGCGAUGGACUACGAUCAGAUGACGGGCCUCGGAGGACAUCCCCCGCUUCCUGCGUCUGUGGACAGCCGCGAUAGCGAACCUCCCGUCCCCAGACGGCCAGGUGUCACCACGAUUAAUGGUGGUUCUGUCGGUGCGGCGACCCCCAUGACAACCAGCCCUCCUCCAGGCACCGUGCCAAAGGCGGACUCGCCUGAUAUCACAUCGUCGACCUCAGUUAGUGGUAUUCCCCAGGCGACGCAACCCGGCCCCGACGUCGACAUGACAGCGAUGGAGCUGUGCGCGGCUUUUGAACGACAACUGCUGGAGCUUGAUGACCUGGCUGCUUUCAUGGGAGGCGGAGUGGCACCCAGUUAGGUCACAAACCCUCAUUUUGGCACCUUCGACUUGAUUCUUCCUUUCGCUUAAACUGUGUGGCAGCUGGGUUGUCAUUGAACAUGAGACUGUACAAUAAUCUAUGGGCGCUAACAGGCAAGACGACACUGGGAACGGUGGCUCGGUUGACAAGGGUGUAAUACUGUGUACAUGUAACACCAACCUU